AUGCAUAAAUUCAGCGCAGAAUUGGAGGCUUCGGGGCUUCCGCCGCCACGGCCCACGACGCCACCGACGGAUUCUCCGCAGCGUGCGAGCCUCCGGUCUCCGCCGCUGCCGGUCCGGUCACCUGCACCGGACGGACGCCUCCCGCCGCCGCCGCCGCCGCCGCCGCCGCGUUCCUCCGCGGUGCCGGAACCGGUGGAGGCUGAGGCUGCCGUCACGCCCAUGGAGGUCGUUGCUCCGCCUCCUCCUCCGAACAUCCCCAGUAGCGGUGCGCAGCCUGGGCAGGUUUUCCACGGGGCGUUUUCCUCGCCCCUCGCGAGCAAUCGGGGUCACAGAUGGAGAGCGCGCCCCGGCAGUUGCGCUGUCCGACCCCUCAGCUGCGCCGCCCCUGGGACCCUCCACCCGCCGCCGGAAACCGUACUCAGCGACGGCGAGUCGUUUACGAGGGGAGGGAUGUGCCAUGGAUAG